CGUUUUGCUCGUCAAGUCAAGUCGCGUCCUUCGGGCGAUUGUGCAAUGAAGUUCAUGUCAUGAAACUUUCGAAGUUUGUAAAACUUUCAAAAAAUAAUUUAAAGAUGAUGUUAAACUUAUAAAUAGUGAAUUCAGUGAAAUUUAAUUAUGUGAAAGGGUAUAUAAUCUCUUCAUUUAUAUAUAUACAAAGUUGAGUGAACUUAUGAAGUUGUGAGUAAUCCCUACCUUGCCCAUGCAAGGCGAGCGAAUUCCACAGGUGAAUAACGAAUGUUGUGGCAACUAAAAUCCUAGCAACCGAACGAAAAUGAGCGGAUUCUCUGUAGAGUUUAAUUGAAGUACAAAAGUGUUUAUUUUAUUCAAGGAAGAUGUAGACAAAAGUGUGAAACACAAACAAGAAGAUUUAACGUGUCAUGGAAGAAUUAGAGCGGUGGUUCAAGAUGUAUUGCAAACAGUUUUUUGGCACUUUUAUCAUAUUAUUUUUCUUCUCCAUAAAUCCCAUAUCUACAAUCAACACUACAGUACAAAUGCAACCACCGAGGUUUAGUAUGCAACCCUCUUCAUCAAAUAGUAUCGUCAGAGAAGGCACCACCAAAAUCUUACAAUGUUCUGCAAUGGGCAUACCACAACCAAUGUACAGAUGGUUGAGAAACGGUGUACCGCUCAGUGAUUAUUCAUCAGAGCUGUUUUAUAAGAUUCAUAAUACCCAGCGACAAGACGCCGGAGCCUACCAGUGUAUAGCUAAAAACGACGUCGGAGCAAUAUUCAGCGAAAAGAACAACAUUGUCGUCGCGUAUAUGGGUGUAUUUGAAACUAUAACUGAGACAGUAGUCACUGCUGAAUCUGGUAAAGCGGCAGUGCUAGCGUUUCCUAGGAUAGAAUCAGAACCACCGCCGUCAGUCAUAUGGCAAGAUGAAAACGGUGCUCUGAGAUAUGAUCAGAAAUAUGCUGUCACUGAUAAACACGAACUGGUCAUACUAUGUACUUCACACGAAGAUGAGAAAGCUUAUAGAGUGCGUGCCAUAAAUACACAGCUAGGUAAGGAAGAAAACAGUCCUUACAUAAAACUUAACGUUUAUGGAAAUGACAGCAAAGAAAUACCACCAGAAAUAAUAAUAAAACCACAAGACACGAAAAUAGUAAAAGGACAAGAAUACACAAGUUUAUAUUGUAUCGCAAACGCUAGACCUUUACAUGAAUUAGAAACCUUAUGGUUUAAAGACGGGAUAAUGAUUGAUUUAGCUGGAAUCACGUUCGACUUAAACGAUCAGUGGAACAGGACUCUUACUUUAAUAGCGGCCAAUUUGACGCACACUGGACAGUAUACAUGCCAAGCCAGGUUAAAAACUGGAGGGUACGCCACUGUCACAGCUUCAGCUUUUGUUACGGUAUUAGAAAAACCAGUAUUUUUGUCAAAUUUAAAAUCGGAAACAUUUGGCGAAUUCGGUAGUACCAUAGUACUAGACUGCAACGUUCAGGGUAUUCCGUUGCCGAGUAUUACUUGGUACAAAGAUUCAAAGAAAAUCGCUAGUGUCGGAGCUGACGCCGAAGAGUCUGAUAAUCCAGACGCGGACGACGGCGGUGGUAGAUAUCGAGUGGAAGUAGACCGCUCACUCGUCAUCAACAACCUGAAAAUGGAAGAUACUGGGAUAUACCAGUGUAUUGCCAGCAACGAAGCCGGAGAAUCUUCUAUUUAUACAUGGCUGAAGAUAAAAAUGAAGGACAAUAGGCGGUUGCCACGAAGUCACAUGAAGUUAAUAAGAAUGAGGACCUCAGAUAAAAAAGCAAAAACAUUCAGAUUUGACACCGGCACGUCCCCGCCCAUAAUGCAGAGUCCGCCGACCAACCUGACCGUGCUCGACGGCAAGGACGCCACCGUCACAUGCCGUGCCGUUGGAGCACCCACUCCCAACGUCACCUGGUACUUUAACGAUUCAAUAAUCGUAAACUUAUCGGCAAGGCUACAAACACUUGAAGAAGGCGACCUGCUAAUCACAAGUACUACGACCGCCGAUAGUGGAAAGUAUACCUGCGUUAGAUCAAACGAUGCUGGGAACGUAUCCGGAGAGGCUUAUCUCACUGUACUAGUGAGAACGCAAAUUAUUGCUCCACCUGUGGAUACACGAGUGUUAUUGGGUCACACAGCAACGCUACAAUGCAAAGUAUCGAACGACCCGAAUGUGAAGUACAAUAUUGAUUGGUUUCACAACAAACAGCCAAUGACAGCUGGUUCCCGCGUAUGGGUGUCAGCAGACGGGGCACUGCAAGUGCAGGCUGUGCGAGCCAGUGACGCGGGCGAGUACACGUGCGUGGUGACGUCACCAGGCGGCAACCAGACCCGACAUGCUGUUCUGUCCGUCAUCGAACUUCCUUUUGCUCCUACCAACGUCCGCGCCUUCAAACUGGAGGCUGCGUCACAGCGAGCCGUCAACGUCACGUGGACACCAGGUUUUGACGGAAAUUCUCCCAUACAAAAAUUCAUCGUACAAAGACGCGUCGUUCCCGAGUUCGGACCGACGCCAGACCCACUACUGAACUGGGUAACGGAGCCGGUGAACGUGUCAGCUAACCAACGUUGGGUCCUAUUGACUAGUUUGAAAGCUGCUACGUCAUAUCAGUUCAGAGUAUCAGCUGUUAACACAGUCGGCGAGGGUCCUGCUUCUGAUCCUACCGAUGUUCUGACAUUGCCUCAAGAAGCCCCAUCGGGUCCUCCCAUUGGUUUUAUGGGAUCUGCGCGAUCUUCAUCCGAAAUCAUUACUCAGUGGCAGCCACCACUUGAGGAGCACAGAAAUGGCCACAUCUUAGGUUACGUCAUCAGAUACCGACUUCGGGGUUACGACAAUAGCCCGUGGACAAACCAGAACAUUACUAAUGAGGCACAAAGAAACUACCUCAUUCAAGACUUGAUUACGUGGAAAGAUUACAAUGUACAGAUCGCUGCGUACAAUGACAAGGGCGUAGGAGUAUUUUCAGAUAGCUACACUAUUAAAACAAAGGAAGGUGUACCCGAAGCGCCUCCUGACAGCGUUCGCUGUGAGCCGUUCAACUCGACUGCUAUAUCCGUUUGGUGGACACCUCCCAACCCACAGAAAAUUAAUGGCAUUAACCAGGGUUACAAAAUACAAGCGUGGAUCUGGGACGAUAAGGAAGGAGCUAAUGUUGAGCAGAAACUUAUAAGUGUGCCCCCCAACCUCCUGGAUCCUUUGACUGAACAGACAGCCGUCAUUACCGGUCUCGAGAAGUUUACUGAGUACAACAUAACGGUGUUAUGUUUCACGGAGCCUGGUGACGGACCGCCGAGUGAUUUUAUGCAUGUUAGGACGAACGAAGACAUUCCGGAUGAAGUAGGCAGUUUACUCUUUGACGGUAUAUCGGAUCGCGCCGUGAGAGUAUCUUGGACUGCACCGAAAAAAUCUAACGGCAUCUUGAUUGGAUACAAGCUUUCAUACGAAAUGAGAGAUAACAACGAAACUGUUAGAGAAGAGGUUUUGCCACCAAACGUCACCAGUAUUAGGGUGGAACACUUGCAGGCCAGUACACACUACAAGUUCUGGUUGUGUGCGAUGACGGCAGUAGGCGAAGGGCCGCCGAGGGCUGCUGUGAUCCAAUCCGGCGUUGAACCAGUGCUGCCGGAUGCCCCUCGCAACUUAGCGCUGUCCAACAUAGAAGCCUUUUCUGUACUACUGCAGUUCACACAUGGCUUUGAUGGCAACUCCUCUAUAUCUCUAUGGACAGUACAGGCUCAAACAGCGCGAAACUCAUCAUGGGUGACAAUAUUCGAGUUAAACGCGCCUGACGCCCAGUCUAUACACGUAACCGGUUUAAUACCAUUUACUACGUACCGACUGCGACUGAUAGCUACGAAUGUAGUUGGGUCCUCCCCGCCCUCCGAGCCGUGCAAGGAGUUCCAAACUAUACAGGCACCGCCACAACACCCGCCGAAGAAUGUUACUGUCCGUGCUGUUAGCGCGACUAAUUUGCGCGUUAGAUGGAUUCCACUACAACAAAGUGAAUGGUACGGCAAUCCAAAAGGAUAUAACAUAACAUACACAAAGAGCGACAGUAACGAUACACUGCACAGUAUUAUUGAAGACCACACUGCAAACUCUCACGUAUUGUCUAAUUUAGAAGAAUGGUCCGUAUAUGAAAUACGUAUGACGGCUAUUAACGAAGUAGGCACUUCAGUUGCCAGUCCCACGGCUACGGAAAGGACGAGAGAAGCUGUUCCAUCAAGAGGUCCCAUCGAUGUAUCAGCGAAUGCCACAUCAUCAACUACAGUGGUCGUACUCUGGGGAGACAUCCUACCACAAGAACAAAACGGCCUCAUUGAAGGAUACAAAGUGUGUUACGCGGCCAUAGUGCCACCGCCGAGACCUGAACAAAAGAAGGUCGAAUGCCAAGCCGUGCCGUCCAACCAGACACACACUAUAACGCUCACAGAGUUGAGGAAAUACGUCGUCUAUCAAAUACAAGUAUUAGGAUAUACGCGAUUAGGAGACGGAGCCUUAAGUGAUCCCCCUGUUACAGUCAGAACUUUCGAAGACACUCCUGGUCCACCAUCCAACGUGUCGUUCCCUGACGUGACGUUCACGACGGCGCGUAUCAUUUGGGACGUACCAGAGGACCCCAAUGGAGAGAUUCUGGCGUAUCAAGUAUCGUACCAUCUCAACAGUUCCGCAAAGCCGAUGUUUACUAGAGAGUUCCUACCUUCUGAUAGAACGUUCAGGGCUACGGAGCUGGAAUCAGAGCGCUACUACCAGUUCAGCGUGCGCGCGCAGACGCGGCUGGGCUGGGGCGGCACGGCGCGGGCCCUCGUGCUCAGCACCGCCAACCGCGCCGCGCCCGCGCCGCCCGCCCGUCCCAAUGUGGCCCGCUCGCUGCUGCAGCCGCACCACAUUACUUUCUCCUGGACGCCCGGCGACGACGGAUAUGCGCCGCUCAGAUACUACACGGUACAACAAAAGGAGGAUGGUGGAACUUGGCAAACGAUUCCCGAGCGAGUGGACCCAUUCGUGACGUCAUACACGGCUGAAGGUCUCAAGCCGUAUACAGCAUACCAGUUUAGGAUUAGAGCGACCAAUGAUAUUGGACCCAGCCGAUACAGUAAUGCUACAGAAACUGUGCGGACUUUGCCUGCUGCUCCCAGCAAAGCCGUAGAGAACCUCCACGUAGUACCGAUCACGCCGAGCAGUGUUCGCGUGCAGUGGUCGGCGCUGGGCGAGGCGCACUGGAGCGGCGACACGCGCACCGGCGGCUACCGAGUGCGAUACCAGCCGCUCACUGACUUCCCUACUGCGUUGCAGCAGACUAUGAAGCAAGAUGUGCCGGGUAUUAAGAGCGAGGAGGUAGUGCUGACGGACUUAGCACUGGACCGCAACUACGAGAUCAGCGUGUGCGCAGUGAACUCGCAGGGGCUGGGCCCGGGCGGCACGCCGGCCGUGGUGUGGGUGGGCGAGGCCGUGCCCACAGCGCCGCCGACGCGCACCACCGCCCGAGCUCUGUCACCUACUGAGGUGGCGCUCAGCUGGACCCCGCCUGCGCCUGCCAUGCUUAACGGCGAUCUGCUGGGCUAUAAGAUAUUUUACCUCGUGACUGAUUCCCCUGAGGAGCCUGAGCCUGGCCGUCGCAUAGAAGAAGAGAUCGAGGUGGUGCCUGCCACGGCUACAUCACAUUCACUCGUCUUCCUUGACAAGUACACGCAGUAUCGUAUACAGGUGUUAGCAUUCAACGCUGCCGGCGACGGUCCUCGGUCAACAGCCAUUACUGUCCGAACGUUGCAAGGCCUACCUUCAGCUCCACGCAACAUUACCUUCAGUGACAUCACUAUGAACAGCCUCGUCGUGGAGUGGGAGCCGCCGUAUCGUCGUAACGGCAUCAUUCAAGCGUACCUCGUCACUUACGAAACUAUCGAACAAGAUGAACGUUUCAGUAAGCAAGUAAAGCAAAAAGUAACAGAGCGUCGUCUAGCCGUGGGCGGGUUAGAAGAGGAGGUGGAGUACCGGUUCAGCGUGCGCGGCGUGACUGCGGGCGGCGGCGCGGGCGCGGCGGCGGAGGCCCGCGCGCGGUCGGGCCCGCAGCCCGGCUCGCCCGCCGCCCCGCGCGCGCUGCAGCUGGCGCCCGAGCCCGCCGCGCUGCGCCUCCGCUGGAUUAACGCCGCGCCCGGACAGGCCCCGCUCAAGGGGUACUACUUCGAAGCACGCCGCAAAGACGACACAAGAUGGGAAACAAUAACCAGAACCAACAAUGGCGUGCUAGAAGAGUUUACUAUAUCGUACCAGAGUUUGUUGCCGUCGACUGCCUAUUCAUUCCGCGUCAUAGCGUACAACAAGUUUGGAAUUAGCAACCCUACGUACAGCGACAAAGUCAUCGUGACUCCUUCAAAAUUGUAUUUGGAGUACGGGUACCUGCAGUACCGACCUUUCUACAGGCGCACUUGGUUCAUGGUGGCGCUAGCAGCGGCAUCUAUCAUCAUCAUAAUUAUGGUCAUUGCAAUUCUCUGCGUCAAGAGCAAAAGCUAUAAAUAUAAAAAAGAAGCACAGAAAACCCUGGAGGAAUCUCUAGCGGGUGAGAGCGACGAGCGCGGCACGCUGGCCAUGGAGCUGUACCGGUCGCGGCAGAACUCCAGCGGCAGCGGCGGCGCGGGCACGCUGCGGCGGGCGGCGCCGCUGGCCAAGUCGCCGCCGCGCCCGGCGCCCGGCUCCGUGGCCUACCACAGCGAUGAGGAGAGCCUGCGCGCCUACGACGAGAACCCCGACGACUCCUCGCUCACGGAGAAACCCUCCGAGAUGAGCUCCUCCGACUCCCAGAAUUCUGAGAGUGAAAACGAGAGCGUCAGAUCGGAGCCACAUUCGUUUGUGAACCAUUACGCGAACGUAAACGAUACGUUGCGGCAAUCGUGGAAGCGACAGAAGCCAGUGCGCAACUACUCGAGCUACACGGACUCGGAGCCUGAAGGCAGCGCCGUGGUCAGUCUCAACGGCGGCCAAAUCGUCAUGAACAACAUGGCCCGCUCUCGAGCGCCGCUGCCGGGCUUCUCGUCAUUCGUAUGACAGGAGCCGGCCAGCACGGCGCCCGCCGAAGCCGUGCACAUGUAACAAUUCACUGCCCAUUCCCAAGUAUUUAGUUAAGUUGGUAGCUAUUGCAAUUGUACAUAUCGAAUAUAAUUUUUAAGCUUUAAUUAAAUUCGUAAAUUAUCUAACUUUAAAUUAUGAUGCAGUUGAUAUUUCAGAUUAAAUAUUAGGAUAUUCUAAAAGUAUAUUCAUAUAUUAGUAAGCUCAAAUAACACUUGAAUACAACUGUAAAUGAUCCUCGCCAGUAUGAGUGUCAUUAACCAUUUUAUAAUGCCAUACCACAAAAUGAAUUCGAUCAUUCGAUUAGAAGCACGUAUAUAUUUAGUAAUAAUAAAUAAUGACAACUGUCGGCAGCUAUUUUAUAGGGCGUUAAUUUUAUAUUGAGAUCUCGUAUAGUAAUUUUGCAUGUUUUAUUGAACAUUUAAUGUAUUUCUUUUCUACAUUAAACAAUAACUUUUGAAAGCAUUUGAAUGUUAUCUACAUAAUUAUUUUCUAUAGACAGUUAUGAUCAAAACGUUCAUUUUCAAUUGUGAUUAAACAAUAAUGAUUUUUCUAUUAAAAAAUAUUAGUAGUACAUAUACAUACAUUAUUUGCAGCUCAAAAAAUACUGAUUGUUGUCGCAAACAUUUGACUAAGAUAAAAAAAUCUUCAUUAUGACUUGAUCUCUAGAUAAUGAGUGCGUUUUGUGCAGCAAAAUUAUUUUGUAUCUUGUAGUUUACCAUGAAAAUUAUUCAACUCACAAAAUAUUAUAAAAAGAUAUUGACCAAAUAUUUGACUAUAUGUACAUACAUAUAACUGUUAUACUGACCAAUAUUACGACCCGUAAUAAUCGUGGUGGUUGUCUGCGCCUAACGGGUCUGCUACUCCUGAAUUAUAAUAUAUAAAUACAUAGCUAUGCAUAUAUAUGUAUCAACUUUUUAUCCUUCUUAUCAAAAAUAUUAAUCAGUAUUGAAUAGUGUUUAGAAAUGUUCUUUAUUAGCUGUUGUUCCAGUUAAGUAAAAUAAAUAGUAAUGUAUCUAAAAGAUCAGAAUGACUCGUAGUUUAACAUUUUAUAAUAUUUUUACAAUUUAUUAUAUGCAAUUGACUGAUAGCUGUAGUGUCUAAUUAUGUGUGUAAAUAUAUCUUAAUAAAAUGCAUCAAUUUUAGAGUUUUUGACAUUUCUUUUACAAAUGUAAUAUUUGAAUAAUUUCAAAACCACACAACUAUACAUUACAAUUCUAUGAAUAAAUGUAAACUAGUGUUUGGAACAAAACAAACGUAACUUGUAAACCAAAAUUAUUAAAAAAUUGGACCACUACUUAGUAUUACUGUAAUAAAUGUUUUAAAUGUACUUAAAAACAAAGGUGAAUUUAAUCCACAUCUAUGAUUAUAAAGCGGUAAAGUAAAUGAAUUUAAUACUGUAAAAUGAUAUCUGUUUAUGAGGGUAAUAGCCUGAUAAACAUUAUUCCGAAAAAUAGUAAUAUGAAUUAAUUAUAAGGAUAGUCCAAAAAAAUUCAAUGGACUUGGUUAACUUAUAAUAGAUAAAGUGAACAAUAACAAAUUUUGAUCAAUUGGCUAUGGUUUAUCGUCGGAACUCUAGCACUUGGCAUUCCAUGUACACAUUGCAUAUUCCCUUAAAACAGAACUGGAUGGGUUUUACGUUUUUUUUUUUUUUAAAGCAGGUAAACGUGUCAUACUCUUGACUACGGUUUGGCAAAUUCGUAUGUGUACUCGUGUAUUCGUGUGAUACUCUCCAGGAAUAUUACUGUGUUUACAGCAAUUUUAUAAUAAUUUUAUAGAAUUAAAAACAGUCAUAUAUUCGAUACCAGAAUACAGUUCUAAGCUCAUGGAGGAGAAUACUAAUUACAUUUCGAAUAUUGUUUGGAGACACGGGGGACAACCUUCGCCAAGCGAAAUGGACCAAGAAGUAUUUGCCAAGCCCCUUACAAGUUCUGUAUACCUGCCAUGCGAUACUCCUCGACAGAUAUGCAGUUAAAAGGUGCAGGGGUGCCAUUAUUUUAUAGACUUUAAUUCAACUUUGUCUGCAGCUAUUAUCUUAGAACAUAAAUGUUUAUUUACUUUAUUAAAUAGCAUAAAUUAUU